AUGGCGAUUGAGACGCUCCAAAAGACUGAAGGUUUAUCCAGUCAGAGAAGCUCGCUGCUCAACAGCCAUGUAAGUCGCCACUCUAAACGCCUCACCUUGUGCUCACUCUCUUCUAGUAUCUCCAGCUCUCUCUCCCUCUCUUUCGCUCUGUAGUGAUGGGGAUGUCUCCUGUGCUCUGAUUUAAAUGUUUCACUUCUUUAGUUAAUUGUGCUUUUAAUGCCAGGUCAGUGGGUGAUGGUAUUUUACAGACAAGUGGGGAGGGUGAUACAUGGAACUAUCUGCUAAUGACAUACCUGUGUGUAAUUGACACCAUAUUUUCUCUCCCCCCACAGCUGCAGUGGUUACUGGACAACUAUGAGACAGCGGAGGGGGUGAGUCUGCCUCGCUCCACCCUCUACAACCACUACCUGCGCCACUGCCAGGAGCAGAAGUUGGACCCGGUCAACGCUGCCUCCUUUGGCAAACUCAUCCGCUCCAUCUUCAUGGGGCUCCGCACGCGACGCCUGGGCACACGGUGAGCUACUGAGAGAACAGAUACGCUCUAAUAAUUAGCUCUCUUUCUCUCUCUCCACUCUCCUCCUACCCUACCCUAUCUCUACAUCUCCAGUCCUCCAGUCUCUCCUCUGACACCUUCAGUUUAGUAUUUCCCUUUUCCUUGGCCUUUUUCCUUGUCUGUCUUCAUUAGGAUUUCUUGUUUGGUUUGGUAUUACAGCAUGUUUUGAUUGGUAUAGGGUUCUUCAGUACUGAGAACAGUUAGCUGAUCAUUCCUGACUUUGUGUUGCAGUGGGAACUCAAAGUACCACUACUAUGGGAUCCGGUUGAAGCCGGACUCUCCUCUCAACAGACUGCAGGAGGACAUGCAGUACAUGGCCCUCAGACAGCAGCCUGUCCAACAGAAACAGAGGUACAACACACACACAGGCUUUCACACACACACAAACACACACACACACAGGUUUCACACACACACACACACAGGCUUUCACACACACACACACACACACACACACACACACACACACACACACACACACACACAGGUUUCACACACACUCACACACACACAGGCUAUCUCACACACACACACACACAGGCUUUCACACAGGCUUUCACACACACACACACACACAUACAGUACUGACUGAGGCAUUGUUAUUGUAGGUUUAAGCCGAUGCAGAAGGUUGAUGGUGUGUCUGGGGAGAACUUCUCAGGCGGAGGCCAGCACACCCCCAGUGCAGCGGAGCAGACCGUCAUCGCACAGAGCCAGCACCACCAGCAGUACCUGGGUGAGUGAGCAGUGUGUAUGCUUGUGUGUGUAGACUGACUUGCAGCAUCAAUAGAUUGAUACUGUUUGAUGCUCCCAGAAGGUCUCUUUAUUGACACAAUUUGUUUUAUAGUACUUUCUGAAAGUGCUCCUCUGCUGAGUGCUGUAAGCAGUCUGCUAAGUAUUCCCCUGUAGGUUAUAUUCUGCACUGAACCAUUAGCACUGUUUUCUCAGCCUUUAGGAUUUCCUUGUUUAAAUAUCUACCCCUGUUUUGUUUCUCUGCUUGUUACUGGAUUGAUAACGUGAGUUGUUGUUGUUGACCUUGAUUUCCAUGUGGCCCUCCCUGACAGACGUGUCGCGGGCGCUGCCAGACUUUGUGGAGCUGGACCUGGGAGAGACCAACAUGGACAACAUCGGCCCAGAUGACGUCAAAGCUCUCCAGUCACUGUACAGAGAGCACUGUGAGGUCAGAGAUUAUCCAUCACCUCUAACAAAGUUCCACAUCAACGUUUUUAUUAUGCUAAAUGUGCAAAUGAAUGGGAGCUUUCUUUGGCAUGCAUGAUAUUUCCAAGUCUUCAUCUCCACUGAUCACCAGAUCAUCCAUGCUAAUCAGAAUGACAGUGAAUGAGCAUUGUGUGAUGUUGACAGUUUCGUGUGUCUCUUGCAGGCCAUUCUGGAUGUGGUGGUGAACCUCCAGUUCAGUCUAAUAGAGAAGCUGUGGCAGACUUUCUGGCGCUAUUCCCCUUCUGACUCAGUGGAGGGUGCCACCAUCACAGAAAACAGGUCAGCUUUCUCUCUGUGUCUCUAGAGCUCACUCACUCGCUCUCUCACCCGACUCUCUCUCUCUCUCUCAGUUUCUCUCCCUCUCUUGUUGUCAUUAAUCAUUGUCCGUUAGGGAUGGAUCGAGAUUUACAAAAUGGUUACCUGGAGGAAAAUGGGGAAUGGUCAUGCUUUUUCAAUUUCAGUCAAAGGAAGGGUUUAGUAUUAUAAUAUUUAUAUCUAGUCCAGGGGAGGGUCAUGUAAUUUGUAAUUGAUGAAAUGUAAAUAUUUCUCAGUGUUUUUCAGUUUCCCAUGUGUAUCAAGAAUGGUCCACCACCCAAAGGACAUCCAGACAACUUGACACAACUGUGGGAAGCAUUGGAGUCAACAUGGGCCAGCAUCCCUGUGGAACGCUUUCAACACCUUGUAGAGUCCAUGCCCCGGCGAAUUGAGGCUGUUCUGAGGGCAAAAGGGGGGAGGGGUGCAACUCAAUAUUAGGAAGGUGUUCCUAAUGUUUGGCAUACUCAGUGUAUACCCAUGUGUGCCUGAUGCCGCCCCUCACCUCUGAUUCUCCGCUGGGCGCGCAAUAUCAAGUGCGCCUAUAGGCUAUUUAGUGUUUGACUCAAUCAAAUGAUCCAUAGGCUAAAGGCUACGAAGUGCAUGCUCGGAGAAGCACAGAGCAAAGUUAUAUUUCUAAGAUAGCUGCUGGGAUGGUGUAAAUAAAACUAUGCAGCAUUACACACUGCAAUGGAUAUUCCAACCCUGAGCCACGGCCUGCUCUGCUAUUGCUGAUCAAAAACGUUUUGGUGUGCCAAUGGCUGUGCUGUGUAGGUCUACGGUGACAGUUCAGGAGGAGAGUCAAAGGUUUCUUCCGAAGAUAAUUUUUGACAAGGCAUAGUCCAAAAAAUGCACUAUCUUGCGCACUGACUAGCCUGUGUUCAGUUCAGUUUGAGAAGGACAGUGCGACGAUGGGAAGGAGGACCGGAGGUCAACUUUGAUAGUUUGCUACUAUAAUUGAUUUGAUUAAAAACAAUAUGUUUCCUGCCCAUGAUGUAUUUAUCAGAGUUAUUGACCUCACAAUAAGCCAGAUUCGAGUAACUUGAAGUGCUAAAACUUGAAGCAGCAGCCGCGGCACAAUCAAUCAGAAAUGGACAGCUCAUGAUGUUGAAAGUAGGCAAAUUCAGGUAGGCAUAAUUAAUUUCAACCGUCUUCAUUUUAAUGAUACUUUACUAACAACUAGAGGGCUUUACAUGUAUUUAACCCCUUAUUUUUGGUAUUUAACAGUCUCCAUAUAUACUGUACUUCCAUACAUGUUUUAUGACUGGUACCGGGGGACCUUCAGAAGAGUCUUGUGAGGCCUUUGGGCGUCUUAGAGCAAAACCGACAUCACAGAGGGGUCAAAUUAGUGUGUAGCACAAGUUUUUUGGACGCUACAGGCAGAAGUUGGCAGAUCGGCUGUACUGACUUCAGAUGAGUCCCAAGACGCUUGUGGGGGUCGUAGAGCAAAACGUAGAACACCAUUGUGUUCGUGAGAGUCUCAUCUUUAUGGGAGGGCGCUAAACCGUUCAGCGCUACAGACGAUUUUGUGAGAAGACUGAUUUUCGUGAUGUCUCAUGGUCUGACGAACACCGUUCUAGCUUUGUCACCUUUAAUGUGUAAGUCUUACAUAGGCGGAAAUUCUAUCUUAAAUGGAUGGAUUUUAAUGGAUUUAUUAUGCUAAUUAGAUUUCAUCGGGGGCGUGGACAUCGACCUUAGGGGGUUAUGCUAGGAACAAGCUGUAAAAUACCCGGGAAAGACGUUUUUUUUUUUUUACAUUCAUAGGCUGAGCUACAACCUUCUAUAGCCAAGGAGGGAAAAAAAUUGACUUUGCUUGGGAAGUAAUCUAAUUCUGUCACUAUCUGCACAAGAGAUGUUUCAAUCCAGACAGCUUUUAGGGAAAUAAUUGUGACCUUCUCUCGUUGGGUUAAGCCACGGAAGAAGAGUAUAUCCAGCUGUUAAAGCUUACACUUUUCUGCGUUGGUAGGCCUACUCUGUCUUGGUUGGAAAGGUAGGCCUAACCUUUGAAAGUACCAUGCUCAGAUUCCUAAUGGUGUCACAGUUUUGUUGCAAACAAGACACACUGAUUUGGCAUUAGAGAAAUCUGAUAAGAUGAACACAGGCCUAUCUCUCUGUCCAUUCUUAGCCUGUCAUUUCGGUAAUUUUUGUGGUAUUAAAAAAUAUUCUGCUAAUAUGUAAAAUGACGUAGAAUUGCAUGAAUGUUUCUACAUGUUUUUUUUUUUUUUCAGACCUGCAAAUACGAUGAUAGAUUCAUGCAAUGCUUUUACUAUAAAGGAGAUAUUUCCAUCCCUAGUCUUGUCCACGGUGGUCUGCGAACCCACAACCUUCUGGCCGGCAGCCCUGUGCGCUGUCAAAAGUCCUGCAUUGCAAUGUAUUUUUAUUUUUAUUUUAAUUCAACCUUUAUUUAACCAGGUAAGCCAGUUGAGAACAAGUUCUCAUUUACAACUGCGACCUGGCCAAGAUAAAGCAAAGCAGUGUGAUAAAAACAACAACAACAACAGAGUUACAUUUGGAAUAAACAAAACGUACAGUCAAUAACACAAUAGAAAAUCUAUAUACAGCGUGUGCAAAUGUAGUAAGUUAUGGAGGUAAGGCAAUAAAUAGGCCAUAGUGCAAAAUAAUUACAAUUUAGUAUUAACACUGGAGUGAUAGAUGUGCAGAAGAUGAUGUGCAAAUAGAGAUACUGGGGUGCAAAUUAGCAAAAUAAAUAAUAAUAUGGGGAUGAGGUAGUUGGGUGGGCUAAUUACAGAUGGGCUGUGUACAGGUGCAGUGAUCUGUAAGCUGCUCUGACAACUGAUGCUUAAAGUUAGUGAGGGAGAUAAGUGUCUCCAACUUCAGAGAUUUUUGCAGUUCAUUCCAGUCAUUGGCAGCAGAGAACUGGAAGGAAUGGCAGCUAAAGAGGUGUUGGCUUUGGGGAUGAACAGUGAGAUAUACCUGCUGGAACGCAGACUACGGGUGGGUGUUGCUAUGGUGACCAAUGAUCUAAGAUAAGGCAGGGAUUUGUCUAGCAGUGAUUUAUAGAUGACCUGGAGCCAGUGGGUUUGGCGACGAAUAUGUAGUGAGGGCCAGCCAAUGAGCGCGUACAGGUCACAAUGGUGGGUAGUAUAUGGGGCUUUGGUGACAAAACGGAUGGCACUGUGAUAGACUACAUCCAAUUUGCUGAGUAGAGUGUUGGAGGCUAUUUUGUAAAUGACAUCGCCGAAGUCAAGGAUUGGUAGGAUAGUCAGUUUUACGAGGGCAUGUUUGGCAGCAUGAGUGAAGGAGGCUUUGUUUGCGAAAUAAGAAGCCGAUUCUAGAUUUAACUUUGGAUUGGAGAUGCUUAAUGUGAGUCUGGAAGGAGAGUUUACGGUCUAACCAGACACGUAGGUAUUUGUAGUUGUCCACAUAUUCUAAGUUAGACCCGCCAAGAGUAGUGAUUCUAGUCGGGCGGGCGGGUGCAAGCAGCGUUCGAUUGAAGAGCAUGCAUUUAGUUUUACUAGCGUUUAAGAGCAGUUGGAGGCUACGGAAGGAGUGUUGUAUGGCAUUGAAGCUCGUUUGGAGGUUUGUUAACACGGUGUCCAAUGAAGGGCCAGAUGUAUACAAAAUGGUGUCGUCUGCGUAGAGGUGGAUCUGAGAGUCACCAGCAGCAAGUGCGACAUCAUUGAUAUACACAGAGAAUAUAGUCGGCCCGAGAAUUGAACCCUGUGGCACCCCAUAGACUGCCAGAGGUCCAGACAACAGGCCCUCCGAUUUGACACAUUUAACUCUAUCUGAGAAGUAGUUGGUGAACCAGGCGAGGCAGUCAUUUGAGAAACCAAGGCAAUUUAGUCUGCCAAUAAGAAUGCGGUGAUUGACAGAGUCGAAAGCCUUGGCCAGGUCGAUGAAGACGGCUGCACAGUACUGUCUUUAAUCGAUCACGGUUAUUAUAUCGUUUAGGACCUUGAGCGUGGCUGAGGUGCACCCAUGACCAGCUCGGAAACCAGAUUGCAUAGCGUAGAAGGUACGGUGGGAUUCGAAAUGGUCGGUGAUCUGUUUGUUAACUUGGCUUUCAAAUAAUUUCGAAAGGCAGGGCAGGAUGGAUAUAGGUCUGUAACAGUUUGAAUCUAGAGUGUCACCCCCUUUGAAGAGGGGGAUGACCGCGGCAGCUUUCCAAUCUCUGGGGAUCUCAGACGAUACGAAAGAGAGGUUGAACAGGCUAGUAAUAGGGGUUGCGACAAUUUCGGCGGCUAAUUUUAGAAAGAAAGGGUCCUGAUUGUCUAGCCCAGCUGAUUUGUAGGGGUCCAGAUUUUGCAGCUCUUUCAGAACAUCAGCUGUUUGAAUUUGGGUGAAGGAGAAGCGGGGGGGGCAUGGGCAAGUUGCAGCGGAGGGUGCAGAGCUGGUGGCCGGGGUAGGGGUAGCCAGGUGGAAAGCAUGGCCAGCCGUAGCAAAAUGCUUGUUGAAAUUCUUGAUUAUUGUAGAUUUAUCAGUGGUGACAGUGUUUCCUAGCCUCAGUGCAGUGGGCAGCUGGGAGGAGGUGCUCUUAUUUUCCAUGGACUUUAGUGUCCCAAAACUUUUUGGAGUUAGUGCUACAGGAUGCAAAUUUCUGUUUGAAAAAGCUAGCCUUUGCUUUCCUAACUGAUUGUGAAUAUUGGUUCCUGACUGCAACGGGGGCUGUUCGAUGCUAAUGCAGUACGCCACAGGAUGUUUUUGUGCUGGUCAAGGGCAGUCAAGUCUGGGGUGAACCAGGGGCUAUAUCUGUUCUUAGUUCUGAAUUUUUUGAAUGUGGCAUGCUUAUUUAAGAUGGAGAGGAAAGCACUUUUAAAGAACAACCAGGCAUCCUCUACUGACGGAAUGAGGUCAAUAUCCAUCCAGGAUACCCGGGCCAGGUCAAUUAGAAAGGCCUGCUCGCUAAAGUGUUUUAGGAAGCGUUUGACAGUGAUGAGGGGUGGUCGUUUGACCGUGGACCCAUUACGGACGCAGGCAAUGAGGCAGUGAUCGCUGAGAUCCUGGUUGAAGACAGCAGAGGUGUAUUUAGAGGGUAAAUUAGUCAGGAUGAUAUCUAUGAGGGUGCCCAUGUUUACGGAUUUAGGGUUGUACCUGGUAGGUUCCUUGAUAAUUUGUGUGAGAUUGAGGGCAUCUAGUUUGGAUUGUAGGACGGCCGGGGUGUUAAGCAUAUCCCAGUUUAGGUCACCAAGCAGUACGAACUCUGAGGAUAGAUGGGGAGCAAUCAAUUUACAUAUGGUGUCCAGGGCACAGCUGGGGGCUGAGGGGGGUCUGUAGCAAGCGGCAACAGUGAGAGACUUACUUCUGGAAAGGUGGAUUUUUAGAAGUAGACUGUUUGGGCACAGACCUGGAUAGUAUGAUAGAGCUCUGCAGGCUCUCUCUACAGUAGAUUCCAACUGUAAUGCUUACAUGACGAAGAACAGUUUUUAAAACUGCAUAUAUAAGGCUGUCUGUCUGUCCAAGAAAUGAGGGGAAAAGGUAGACAUGUUCUCUGCUAUCCACUUUGUUUUAAUUAUUAUUUUGGGUGUAGGAGAGGGUCACUUGUUUUCAAGCGUUCAGGAAGGGUUAAGGUAAAAUAUAUUUUGCUGAUGGGAGGGCCAUCCAUUUUCAUUUCAGAGAGGUCCGAUUUUCUCCAUGUAACCCUUAUUAUAAAUAACGUCACUCCCUUAGAAACAGAUAUCCAUUUUAAAUAUAUGUCCAUUAGAAACAGAGUUUGUCAUAAAGUUAGCCUCAACUCUUUGAAUGGAACGAUUUUCAUCCUCUUGAAUUACUCAAAAAUCCUUUGAUAGGGAAACGUUUCAAAUAUCUUCCAAACGGACAAAUGUCUUUUGAUUGGAGCGAUGUAAUGUGGCUGGUCAAAAGUCAACCCCAUCCCCCGAUGGUAGGGCCAGUGAGAUUGAGGUGAAUCUGAUCCAGUAUAUGAGACGAGUAUGUGCAACUUUGAACCCUGUCUCCACAGUGGUGUGAGUGAGAUUGAGGGCCGUCUGCCCUGCUCCAGGCUGCUGGUGCUCUGUAGGAACGAGGCUGUGCUCAAGUGGAUGAGUUCCUGUGACCACCUGAUGUACCAGGCCCUAGUGGAGAUCCUCAUCCCUGAUGUCCUCAGACCCAUCCCCAGUGAGUGGCUCACACACAGUCACACACACACACUUUCGCGCUCAUCCCUAGUUGGGUAUCAGAAUUGUAAUUGUGGUCAUUAAAUAGACUGCUGUGCUUUGUAUCUGUCCCCCUCUAGGUGCCUUGACUCAAGCCAUCCGCAACUUUGCCAAAAGCCUGGAAGGCUGGCUCAACAAUGCCAUGAACACCAUUCCACAGAGAAUGAUCCAGACUAAGGUAAACACACACACACCUACUCGCUCACUUACUUACACACGUUUCGGCAAAUCAACUUAAAUUGCUUUUUUAUUUGUAUUUGCUUUGAUCCUGACUUGAUCCUCUGUGUGUUUGAUUGGCUGCAGGUUGCCGCUGUUAGUGCCUUUGCUCAGACGCUGCGUCGCUACACUAGUCUGAACCAUCUGGCCCAGGCAGCCCGGGCCGUGCUGCAGAACACCUCCCAGAUCAAUCAGAUGCUCAGCGACCUCAACCGCGUCGACUUCGCCAACGUGCAGGUCCGUCUGUCCGUCCCUCUGUCCGGCUGUGAUUUUGUCUGAUUGUCUGUGUAUGUAGUUAUAGGGAUACAUCGGGUUAUUGUAUUGCCGUCUGUCCUUAUCGGUUAGUCCUCUCUUUGCUUGAAGUUGCUGUUUUAUUUAAUCAAAGGGUGUGUGUGCAUCUGUGUUUUUGCAAGCCCACACUGACCCGUCCCAUCUCUCUCUCUUUAGGAGCAGGCGUCGUGGGUGUGUCAGUGUGAGGAGGGCAUGGUUCAGAGGUUAGAGCAGGACUUCAAGGCCACCCUGCAGCAGCAGAGCUCUCUGGAGCAGUGGGCUGCCUGGCUGGACAACGUGGUCACCCAGGUCCUACAGCCCUUCGAGGACCGGCCCAGCUUCCCCAGGGCCGCACGACAGUUCCUGCUCAAGUGGUCCUUCUACAGGUCAGCUACUGUACCGUCCAUAGAAAUAGAAUGAGAUCAUAGACAUUGAAUGAGAUCAUAUAAAUUAAAUGUGAUCAUAGACAUUGAAUGAGAUCAUAGACAUUGAAUAAGAUCAUAGACAUUGAAUGAGAUCAUAGAAAUGGAAUGGGUUCUGUGAGUUUUCAACGUUUUCCCAUUUCUAUGGUUUUGCUCCCUUACCCAAUUUAAGAUGUGUGUUGUGAGAUGUAUUGUUUAUGAUAUCAAUUGAGCUAGAUAUGUAUGUCAGCUUAUUAUAAGUUUUCCAGUGGUUGAUGAGGUUCUCUUGUUGUCCUUCUCUUUGUCAGCUCCAUGGUGAUUCGGGACCUGACCCUGCGCAGCGCGGCCAGUUUCGGCUCGUUCCACCUGAUCCGCCUGCUCUACGACGAGUACAUGUUCUACCUGGUGGAACACCGCGUCGCCCAGGCAACCGGCGAGACACCCAUCAGUGUCAUGGGAGAAGUAAGGCCCAGAAGAAAUGAACACGCGCAUACACACACACACACACACACACACACACACACACAAUUGUAACGGUCCCAUUACCUCUUUGCUCAGUUUCAGUAUGGUUUCUGUGUGCGGUUUAAUGUAUUGCAGUUUGAAGACCUCAACGCCAUGUCACCUGCUAACAUAGACAAAGGUAAGCCAACCCCAAGCUGUAUCUACAGGCUAAGUCUCUGUAGGUUUCUGCUUCUUCAUUACAUGGAGUUAUUAAGAUCUUUGAGACAUGUCCGUCCAGCAUGGCUGUGGGACAUUCUUCUUUCCUGAGCCUUACCUCGUUUCACCUUCAUCUCAACGUGCUGUCACUUAAAGAGCAGUGCCUUCAAUUAUUACCCAUUGACGAUUUAGUUAAACGUAAUACUAAAAUGUUAAUAAGAAAAGGUUAGGACCAUUUAAACAGCUGUUUUUUGUGUGCAGCCUUUCCUGUAAAAACAAUGGUCCCGCAGGACUACUGAGAAUCCUGGAGAAUCAUUAUUUUAACCCUGUACCUCUGUUGGUCUUCCUGGCCGUCUGUCUGACCUUGUUCCUCUGUCCAGACGAGAUGAGUGAGAUGGACAGUGACCUGGAGGAGGACAUGGAGGAGUCUGGGGAGCCGCUGGCCAAGAGGGAGAAGGCUGAGGUGGAGCAUGAGCACCAGGUGAUCCAGGUAAUCCAGGUGGGGGCUCUGGAGGACGGCAGUAACCCUGUGGUGGGGGUGGUCCAGCCGGGCAUCCUGCACUCCCUGCCCCAGCCCCCCCAGAACCGCGCUGAGCACAUCCUCACCCCGUCCGCCGGCACCCCCACCAUCCGCCACUGCAGCGCCACCGGCAACACCUACGCCUCUGUCUGA